UCGUCGGUAAUAAGCCUUUUGCAGGUGGCGGAGGCGGCGUGCGGGGCUCACUGCCGCCAUGAACCCCGGCGCUGGCGGGGGGGCGGCGCCGGCGUUUCCCGGCCCUGUGCAGUUUCCCGGUGGCACCACUGUGCUGGUGGAGCUCACCCCGGACAUUCACAUUUGUGGUAUCUGUAAGCAGCAGUUCAAUAACCUCGAUGCCUUUGUUGGGCACAAGCAAAGUGGUUGCCAGCUCACUAGUGCAACAGCUGGAGCCACCAGUACAGUCCAGUUUGUGUCAGAAGAAACGGUACCAUCAACACAGGCGCAAACCACAACCAGGACCAUUGCUUCAGAGACUCAAACCAUCACAGUUUCUGCACCAGAGUUUGUUUUUGAACAUGGUUAUCAAACAUACCUGCCCAGUGAGAGCAGUGAGCCCACAACUGCUGCUAUCGUCUCUACGCCACCAAAAGCACGUUCAAAGAAAUCAACUUCCUCCCUUACACAGAAGAAAUUAAACUGCUGCUACCCAGGUUGCCAGUUCAAGACUUCCUAUGGUAUGAAGGAUAUGGAACGUCAUCUACGAACACACACAGGAGACAAGCCCCAUAAAUGUGAAGUUUGUAACAAAUGUUUUAGUCGUAAAGACAAGCUGAAGAUGCACAUGCGUUCUCAUACUGGGGUGAAGCCUUACAAAUGUAAACACUGUGACUAUGCAGCCGCUGACAGCAGCAGUCUCAACAAGCACCAGCGCAUCCACUCCAAUGAGAGGCCUUUUAAAUGCCAGAUCUGUCCUUAUGCCAGCCGCAACUCUAGCCAGUUAACUGUACAUCUCAGAUCCCACACAGGAGAUGCUCCUUUCCAAUGUCAGCUGUGUCCUGCUAAAUUUAAAAUCAACUCAGAUUUGAAGAGGCACAUGCGUGUGCAUUCUGGUGAGAAGCCUUACAAAUGUGAGUUCUGUGAGGUCCGGUGUGCCAUGAAAGGAAACUUGAAAUCACACAUACGUAUCAAGCACAGCAUGGAAAAUACUCUCAAGUGUCCAGAGUGUGAAUUUCAGUGUGGCAACAAAACAAGCCUUCGGCAUCACAUAAGAACUCAUCAGCCCGAGCAACCAGUGAAAUGCUCAGAGUGCAACUAUUCUUGCUCCAACAAGGCAGCUCUGAAAGUGCACGAGCGAAUUCACUGCAAAGAUCGUCCUUUCAAAUGUGAAUUCUGCAGCUUUGACACCAAACAGCGGAGCAACCUGACAACUCAUGUGAGGAAAGCUCAUGGUGACAAAGUCAAGGCCAAGAAACAAACUGUGGAGAAGAAGGAAGGAGAUAGGCCAAAGCAAGGUGGCUCUAGGCAAGUUGCCAAAUUGGAUGCCAAGAAAGCAUUUAAGUGUGACCUGUGUGAUGCUUCCUUUGUCCGAGAAGACUCUCUUAGGAGUCAUAAGAAACAGCACAGUAUGUAUAAUGGAUCUAAAAACAAUGAACUGGCUGUUCUACAGCUCCAGAUGGACUCCAGUAGGCAGACCAGUGCCCCAAUUACUGUCAGUCAUCUCCAGGUCCCACUUCAGGCUGCUCAGGUUUCCCCAUACAAUGAAGGAAGGGUCAAGAUCAUUGUGGGUCACCAGGUCCCUCAGACUAACAGUAUCAUUCAGGCUGCAUCAGUGAAUGUUGUGCCUCCUACUUUAGUUAGCCAGAAUCAGGAAGACCUCUCAGCCAACAGCCGCUUGCAGCUUCUUGGCCAAGUCAGUUUGUUGGCGCCACCUCCAGCUCCCAUAUCUCAAAGUGAAGCAGGGCCUGUGGCACAGCCAGCAGUUCUCCUCACAACCCACGACCAAAGCGAUGGAAGUGCUUUACAUCAGACUCUGAUUCCUGCUGCACCUGUCAGCAGUCACGAGGCUUCAGCAAACCAAGCUUUCAUCACCAGCUCUGGGAUCAGCUGUUCUGACUUAGAAGGCCUUAAUGCUUUGAUACAAGAAGGAGCAACAGAAGUGACUGUGGUUAGUGAUGGAGGUCAGAGUAUAACGGUGUCUACUUCAGCUCCCCCUCCUCCAAUCUUUUCUUCCUCCUCUCACACAGAAACCCCAAAGCAGACCUAUUCUAUAAUUCAAAAUGGAGCACAUACAGCUUUGCUGUGUCCAGCAGACUCCAUACCAGAUUAGUUGCAAAGUACUAUUACUAAACAAAUUUCAGUCUUGGAGGCAGUGCUGAAUUCAGCAGAAAUGCAUAAGACAUAAGUGAAUGCAGGAUUUGUCCUGCAAAGCCAAAUAUUUUCCACUUAGACAGUCUGCUUGUUUGUACAUGGAAACACACUUCUUGCUUGAAUGUGAAAAAGAGGAUGUGUAUGUUUAUGUACCUCUAUUGAAAUCGGAGGCUGUGUUUUUUGCAGAAUCUGAGUGUCAAAGCAACUGUUGACAAUUUCCCCAAACAAUAAGCUUCCCAGGAUAUGAUUCUCGUAUUAUGCUGGUUAAAAUAAGUAAGCCUCACCUUCUGAGUUACCUUAACAGCAGACGAGUUUUUAUGCACAGGUGAAAAGGUAUAGUCCAAGCCAUUCCAAUGUUUUUUAAGUGAAAUCUGUUUCAAUUACAUGCUAUGUAUGCAUUCACUGCACCUGGCUGACUGUUGAGCUGUAAGAAAUAUUGUCUACUGGGUCUAAAGCAGCCCUAGUAAGAAUUAAGGAGGCUGUUCCUUAAUAUCUGUAGUUGUUAGCACCUGGCACUUAAUCUGGAAAUGCUCAUGCAGAAGACCAGGUGAUUGUUUUUUAGAAAGCAAAAUAAUUCUGUCCAUCCAUCAGUAAUAACUAGCCUUGUUAGCAAGAACAGUAUUACAAGUUAUACUAUGUGGCACAGUGAUCUCUGUGAGAGGAACUAGUGUUUUAGAGAACAAAACAACUACAAAUAUAUAUUUUACAAACUACUUAAAUUUUGGGUUUAUUUUGAUGCUGCUUGUUUGUAGUUGCACGCAGGUAAAAGUGCAUUACAUUUUCACUUAAAGGGGGAAAAGGAAAAGACAGAAUUAAUUCCAUCUUUAAAUUUUUAAGAGUAGGUUCUAAUCCAAGGCCUGAAAUUCUAGCAUAUAUUCAGAUUGAAUCAUGAUGAGAGAGUAAUUUACCAUUAUAUGAUUCACAUUUCUAUAAUGAAUGAAUUCUAGGCUAUUUUGAAAUAUGCAAUGUUAUAGCUCUACCUGAUGAGUAUUCUUAUAUAGUGGUAGCUAAUAAUAUCCAAACACUCUGGUUAGACUAUCCACUUGGGAAAAUACAUGGCUCUGUAGGUGCCUGGAUCUGCAAAAAUCAGACACUGGUUCACAGCCAGACAGCAUCCCAAGGACAAUUGUUAACGUAUGUGAAGACUGAAAAGAGACUGUUAUCAAAACAAGCUCUGAGAUUCCCUCUUGGGGAAUUGAAGCCAAGUUAAAUUUAACGGUGUUUGCUAGUGGGAGACAUUGAGUGAUUGCUUUAUGUACUAGAAACAUGGUUUACAAAACAUACAAAUAUUAUGUAAUUAGAACUGCUUUCUGAACAGGCCUCCUGGUUGAAACAUUUAGCUUGUACUGCCUUUAUUUUGUGUAUGUGGGGGUGUUCCUCACUCCUUCCCUCUGUGUGAUAUGUAGUCUAUGUACAGGGUAAGGCUUCCUGCUUUACAAUGGCAAGUAGGAAAAUGCAAUCGUAACUCACUGUACAGGUUGUUCUUGAAAACAACCUUUGUGACCUUUGUUUUUUGUUGUUGAAAUAAGAAUUGUUUAAAUUUGAA